AUGACCGACAGCAAGACAAAACCCUCGGUCACGAAGUCCCGAACCAAAUCCAUGUCCACUGCUUCAGCUGCGUCUGCGUCUGCGCCUGUGGCUGCGUCUGCAUUAUCCAAGCAACAGUCCGGCCACCCGUGGUUCUCGCUACCAGCUCCUCUCCGGCAUCUUUUCGACCGGUUCCCUCUCGUCACCUACCCAGCCAACCUCCUCCCUCAACGCACUCCAUCCAUACGCAAUGAGAAUGUCCUUUAUAUCUUUCAAAAGGCCGAUCCGAAAAGUCGAGAUGCCCCCUCUUACAAUCCCUCUUGUCUAAAGUGGCAAGCCUAUCUCAAGUUCAAUGGUAUACCACUACAUACCCGUCCGUCCAACAAUCAUGCAUCUCCUUCCGGCGCCCUACCAUUUCUACUACCGGCCACCAAAGAGAGUCAACGACCCCCAUCGCCCGUGCCUGCGAAUCGAAUACCCAGGUGGGUGGUCUCCCAAGGGGGAAAAGAAGAUGCUACCCAUCCUCGACAAGAUGCAUAUACUGCCUUGAUCGAUCACAACAUCAGAGCUGCCUGGCUCUACUACCUCUAUCUUGAUCAAGACAAUUUCCAAAAUGUUGCAUGGCCCAUGUAUGUUGCCUCAACUUCAUCCACAGCUACCGUCCGUUCGAGCCUAGGCCGUCAGUUACAGUCCGCCGCCAGGGAGGAGCUGUUCAAGACGAAUACUAUUAUUGAUCCUGGCCAUCUCUACAAUCAGGCCAAUAACGCUUUUCGUGCAUUGUCGGUCCUACUUGGCGAUGACAAAUUCUUCUUCGGACAGACAACCCCAGGUCUGUUUGACGCCAGCUUCUUCGCAUAUGCCCAGAUCAUCCUAGACGAUGAUCUGGCGUGGGCAAACACUAGCCUGAAGUUGGAGCUGUUGAAACACAAGAAUUUGGUACACCACAGGGAUCGUUUGAUCCGGGGGUUCUUCCGCUUGAGCCGAGACCGGACUGACAAUGUGGUGAUUGUGCCUCAACCAUGA